GUUCUGAAACAUUCAUAUUUAGUGUUGAAUUUGAAUCAGGAAAAAAAACCUAUAUUUUAAAUAUUCUCCGCAUAUUAAGGCCACGUCAUCUGAUUCCAAAGGGAGUCUGUAAUUUUCAAAGUAUUUCUAUUUAAACUAAAGUUCAGGAUCCUGGUAGUAAAUCGUGUUGUUUUCCCGCAUCGGUGCGUUUCUACGCGGUGCCGCCGCGGCGGGGUGGAGGGGGAAGCAGCCGGCGGAGCUGCGGGCGGACAUGCACGCUGACGGCGGAAGAGGCUGCAGGACUUCCUCUGGCCAGUGAUUCGUUCCCCGUGGAAGCCGUUUCGGGAGUCACCUGUCACCUGUGCAGACAUGUCGACCGCGUACAGAAACAGAAUCCAGGAAUUCAAAGCAGCUCUGAGUGAAAAACACAUCAACUUGGAGACGCUGAGGGAGCUGUGUUUCAACGGGAUCCCGUUUGAAGGAGGGAUCCGGGCGCUCUGCUGGAAGAUCCUGCUCAACUACCUUCCUCUGGAUCAGACGCUAUGGGAGUCGUUCCUCAAGAAGCAGAGAGAUCUGUACUCUCAGUUCCUGAAAGAGAUGAUCAUCCAGCCGGGCAUCGCCAAAGCUAACCUGGGUCUUUCCAGAGAAGAUGUGACCAUGGAGGAUCACCCUCUGAACCCAAAUCCAGACAGCAGGUGGAACACCUACUUCAAAGAUAAUGAGAUCCUUCUGCAGAUCGACAAAGAUGUCAGGCGUCUGUACCCGGACAUGGCGUUCUUCCAGCGCCCCACGGAGUACCCGAGCCAACUGAUCCUGGACCCCCAAAACGAUUACGAGACGCUGCGUCGGCGAGUGGAGCAGACCACCCUGAAGGCUCAGACGGUGAACCGUAACCGCAGCGGCGUCACCAAUGUCAGCUCUCCAGGGAAGGCUCUUAACUUGUACCCGUCAAACGAGUACGAGGUUCUGCCCAGCGGCAGUGAGGCCCACUGGGAGGUGGUGGAGCGCAUUCUCUUCAUCUACGCCAAACUCAACCCCGGCAUCGCCUACGUCCAGGGCAUGAAUGAGAUCGUCGGGCCAAUCUACUACACAUUCGUCACUGACCCGAACACGGAGUGGAAAGAGCACGCCGAAGCAGACACCUUCUUCUGUUUCACCAACCUGAUGUCAGAGAACAGAGACAACUUCAUCAAGAGCCUGGACGACUCCCAGUGCGGCAUCACCUACAAGAUGGAGAGCGUCUACUCCAUGCUCCGGGACAAAGACCCUCAGCUCUUCCUCAAGCUGGAGGAGCAGAACAUCAAGCCUCAGUACUUCACCUUCCGCUGGCUCACCCUGCUGCUCUCGCAGGAGUUCCUGCUGCCAGACGUCAUCCGCAUCUGGGACACGCUGUUCUCUGACAAGGACCGCUUCCAUUUCCUCAUCCUGGUGUGCUGCGCCAUGCUGAUGCUCAUCCGCAGCGACCUGCUGGCAGGAGACUUCACGGUGAACAUGAGGUUACUGCAGGAUUACCCCAUCUCAGACGUGCACACCAUCCUGACCAAAGCCAAGGAGCUGCAGGACACCUCCUAACCUGCUGGGGUUGUGCUGCUGGUGGAGGUUUAUGUGAAAGACGUUAAUGUGACCUGAAGAGGUUGGAUGGAGACUCCCACAGGUUUUUGGACGUGCAGAAACGUCUGGGCGGGGAGAUGAACCUCUGCAGUCGACUCUGAGACUGGACCAAGACUCCCUGAGCAGACGCCAUCAGGAAGACUUCUCUGUUCGUUAAGGGUUCAUUUGUAAGUGAAACGCGUCUGCCUUACCUGGACGUGGACACACGGAGGUCAGAGGGCGACCCCCGAUAGCAGUCACAUGUUUAUGUCUGAAGAACCUGACGUUCCUCACCAGGGCCAGCAAAGACAUCCGUUUGAUGCCCCAGCUCUGGCCGGUUCUGGUCUGAUCCAGAUCUGGAUUCCUCUGAUAGGAGGAAAAAACAGUUAAAGUGUGAUUCUGAAGGAGGAGAAAUCAUGAAACUGCCAUAUUCUGGAGUUAAUUUAGUUUUAAUUAACCGUUUAACACAGAGCUCCAACUUUUUAACCACUAACACGAUCAUUCUAGCAGAUUCUGAAGGAGAAAAGCCACUUUUCUCCUUCAGAAUCUGCAGGAAUGAUCGUGUUAACGGUUGAAAAGUUACAGUAUGUUUAAGAUUUUGUCUUUAAGAGUCACCGCCGGCGCCUCAGGUAUUAAAGGGUUGAGGAUUUGUUUCAGGAUUGAUCCAAUUUUCUCUAAUCUAACUUUCCCACAAUUGGAGAUUAAACAAAUGUAGAAUUUUUUAUUAACAAAUUAUAAAUUAGAACAUAAAAUGAAUAUUUUUUUUAACUAAAAUGUAAGGAACAGCUCCGAAGGCGAACGUGGAUUUCCUGAUUCCAACAUUGAAGCAUCUCAAUGAAGGCCAGUCCAAACACCUGAACCGGUUUCAGGAAUCAACCUUGAUGCAGAGGAAAGCAGGCAGACUUCUGAAAGUAUUUAUGCGCCCAAAGUUCUUAAAAAAAAAAACCCUGCUCCACUUUGUAUGGUGUUUGUAUUUCUGACAGCUUGGUGCGUGCGCAUGAGAUGUUCAGUGUCUCCGUCUUCUGUCAGUUAUUUGCAUGAUUUAAAUUUUGUAAGAUUUUGUAAAAAAAAAAAAAAAAAGUGGUGAAACUUCCAUGAAUGUUUUUAUAUGUUUGCUUAUGAUGUGCAUUAAAAUCAACGGUGGAGAAAAAAACGUUUUAAUCCUUCUGGAAAUAAACUAAGCAGAAGUGCAUGCUGACCCCUCUGCUUCCCUAGGGCA